AUGUUCAAUUAUAAAAACGUAAGGAGAUACCAAAAUUGGGACGAAAGAUCAAUCUUUAGCGAGAGAAAAUUUAGUGAUAUCGGUAAUAGAAAAAUACACACGCUGUGUAUCUGCACACGACGUCUAAAUGGGAUCGAGGAAACCAUAUCGCAAAGCUCAAGUUCGACCAUUAAAGUCAGCAGAGUUGUAGGUGCACCUCAAAAUAUGAGUCUUAUCAAAAGGAAAUCAAGGCAGAAGAGAAACGCUUAUGUAAACUUUCCCGUUGCAAAGUCUUUAAACAAAAGGUUCUACGACUGUUUCCCGUUCCACGCCAAUGCUCUCGACUGUGUUUCUCAUGUUAACAAAGAUUCAAGACCAGAAUUGGUUUACACUUUUAUCGAGCAAGCAGUUCAGCCUGGAGCACAGGUUGCGUUAAAAUGCUCAGCGGUUGGAGAACCACCACCUAGAUUCAGAUGGACAUUGGAUGGACAACUAAUUCCACCUCAUCACGGGGCUGUUAUAAGUGAAGGCCAUGAAAGUGGACCUACCGGAAUAGGUUCCAGUAACAACUACAUCCUAUCCACGUUAUCACUGAGCAGUGCUAGGGUUGAACACGGAGGUCGGUACGAGUGCCGUGCUACAAAUAGCCACGGAUCCGUAGCUCACGCAGCACGCUUGAACGUAUAUGGACCUCCAUAUAUCCGAGCAAUGAAUCCCGUUAAGGCUGUUGCGGGAUCGGAAAUUACUAUCUGGUGCCCAUAUUAUGGAUUCCCGAUAGAGUCAGUAAAGUGGGAAGGUGGUGCUGGAGCCGACCCACGGUAUCAUCAAGUUGACGGUCAACUCACAAUUACAAAUGUGGACCGUAAUAGGGAUAAAGGAGGCUGGAUAUGUUCAGUUUUAACUCCGGGAGGAGAGUUAGCGAGAAGAGAGGUGCAAGUAACAGUUGUAUCACCGCCUGUCCUGUCCCCGAUAGUGUUUCCACCUGGCUUGAGAUCAGGCGACCGAGCUCAGUUGACUUGCACUGUAACGUCCGGUGAUAUGCCUGUUUAUUUUUCAUGGCUGAAAGAUCAGAUGCCUUUAUCGAGUGUACUGCAGGUUGACGAACGUGGAGCAGAAUUUUACAGUAUGCUUUUAUUUAAAAGUUUAACAGCAGCUCACAGUGGCACUUAUACGUGUGUCGUUACGAAUACAGCUGGUAAAGCGAAUACGUCGGCUGAAUUGGCUAUAAAAGUUCCUCCGUACUGGCAACUUGAACCGUCAGACAGUGCUGUUUUGCUAAAUGGUUCUCUCACUAUAAGUUGUGAAGCUCGAGGUCACCCCAAGCCUACCAUCUACUGGACUAAAUUUUCUGGUAGUACAGAAACCACAAUGGGUGGAGUAUCCGAUCCAGUUGUGCUGAAUAAUGGUUCAUUAAGAUUAGAAUCAGCUCGAGCUGAACAUUCAGGACGGUAUCGCUGUAGAGCAGAUAACGGAGUUCCCCCAGCAUUAUCUAAAACACUCACUAUACACGUUAAUGAACCUGCGCGAUUUGAAACACCUUCAGUUAAUGUGACAGCAAAACUUGGGGAUACUGUUCGACUUGCAUGUGUAGCACGUGGGGACAAUCCUCUGUCAAUAACAUGGAGUAGCUCGGGACGCGUCCUUCCAAAUUCUGAUUAUAGAAUGAGUAUUUCUGAAACACGAAGCGCAGAAGGAUUGAGAAGUGAGUUAGUUUUAGAACGAGCCGACAGAAGAGAUUCGGGCGUUUACCGAUGUCAAGCAUCGAAUCCAUAUGGCCGUUCUGAUCAUUUUGUUCAUCUCGGUGUUCAAGAGCCACCGGAACCUCCUGCCAAUUUUCGUGUAUUGGAAACAACAUCUCGUACAGUUCGUUUACAAUGGCGUCGACCGUAUGAUGGAAACUCUCCAGUGCUCGGAUACGUGGUUCAGUAUCGGAAACAUGAUUCCACUAAUCCUGAUUCUUGGAGAGAUGCUGAUACUCACAAUGUAUCGGUGUCUGCUCAUUCAACAGAUACCUAUACAGAAGUGGAAGGUGCAACGAUAUCCGGCCUGGAACCAGCAACUGCUUAUUUAGUGCGAGCAAGAACUGUAACAGCACAAUUUGCUUCGUCUCAUACCCGGGCACUCCUUGCUUUGACUUUACACGAGCCACCAGCACGAGCGCCGAUCAGUCUUCGAGCAUCUGCUCAAAGACCUGCCACAGUUGAAUUGACAUGGCAGGCUCCACCUACUUCGUCUUGGAAUGGUGAGCUACUUGGAUAUACAGUGUGGUGGUGGCCGUCUGCCGAUGGAUCUCUAUCAGGUGGCGCCAAUGUCGGCAUGGAAUUUGCAACAGUCCGAGGUCAAAUCAACAAAUACACUAUUGAAGGUCUCGAACACUACACUCGAUAUUCUAUUAGCGUUAGAGCAUUCAACAGUGCUGGAGCAGGUCCAGCUACUGCCCCUGUAAAUACUUUGACGCAAGAAAGUGUACCAACAGAAGGUCCACGGGCAGUGAGAUGUCGUGCAGUAUCACCACAAAGUCUAAAAGUCGAGUGGUCACCACCGCCAGCACACGCUCACCAUGGAGCUUUACUUGGGUACAAGCUACUGUAUCGUCCUGAACAUACGAUAGAUUGGCUGGAGUGGGAGGUACGUGGCGGUGGUGGUCAAAGUGCUGUAGCGGGAGCGGAACAUAUACUUCGGCUUGGGGAUGGUGUUCCCGCUCAUCCUAUCCAUUGCACCACACAUCAAGAUGUUCCCGGGCCCCCAGCUGCGGUUAAAGUUGUAGCGACGUCGGUGUCUUCGCUAGCGGUUAGCUGGUUACCGCCAAGUAGACCCAAUGGACCAAUUCUAUAUUACACUAUUUUCUACCGUGAACUUGGCAGGGACCGACCACCACAAACUACAACUAUUCAAGCGGAAGACGUUGAAUCUUCGGUGGGCUUGGGGGGAUCAACAGAACUAAGAUCUCUAUCAGAGGGUGCUACGUAUGAAGCUUGGGUCGCAGCUCACUCAGUGGCAGGUGAAGGUGAACCGUCUGCGCCUCAACCAGCUACAACGACAUCAAGAGCAACGGUCAGGCUGCUGGCAUUCGGUGUAUGGGCUCGUGUAAAAUGCGGCAACCCCUUGAGACUAGCGUGUGCAUGGCGCGGAGAGCCCGCACCACGAGCACGUUGGCUUCGUGGCGAUCGACCCGUCACACACGAUCCACGUACGCAUUUGACGCCACAUGGACAUCUUUCUAUACGUGAAGUAGACGCAGCCACAAGCGGAAAUUACACGUGUGCAGCUCGUAAUGCUUUUGGAUCGGAAGAAGUAACAUACCGCGUGGAAUGUGCAUCCCCGCCAUCCGCUCCCACCCUUACAUUGGACCACGCAGCACAUAAGGAAGCAAAACUCACUUGGCGGACAACACACCACCCAGCUGCUCCACCACACGGUUUUACCAUUUGGUGGGUACGCGUUCGGGAUGAUUCUGCUGAUGGGUUGGAAUCAAUCAAUUCCCGCGGGGAAGAAGAACGAAGACUAGAAGCCGGGGGAGAAGCAGCUAGUGUGAUUCUAAGAGCGCUUUCCUGUGGAGCCACAUAUUCCGUCAGAGCAGUAGCCCACUCAAGAGCUGGUCCCUCACCAUCUUCUGCUCCACUAUUAGUCCGGACAAAACCACCAGUACUAGUUUGGGAAGGUGGAGGAGUAUCAGAAGAAAACAGUGACCAAGGUGCUGAAGCGGCCGUAUGGAGUAACAGCAGUGCUUUGGCAGUGGAUGCGCGAAGAGCAGUACGUUGCGGGGCGCGACUUGUCCGCUUACAGUGGCGACGAGCUGACGCUGGAAAUAACGGUAUCUGGAGGGACGCCGACCUCACUUCACUGCACCAUCAUCGUGAAGUCGUUGUGAAUGGCUUAACGGCAGGAACCUGGUUCGCUCUUCGUUUGUGGACAGCUACAGAGUCAGCCCGACACCAAGCUAUAAUUUACGCUGCAACCACAACUCCUUCUGGCGAGAAACUUCGUCGGCCAGUAGCAUUUCAAGCAGAAAGUGGAUCCGUGCCAGCUGUUGGUGGUACAGCGGACACGGACCGAGUGCUAGGAGCAGUAUCGCUUGCUUUUGCAGCGCUCGCAGCUUUGGCAGUAGCAGCGUUACUUCUUGUAUUGUUGGCAAAACGAAGCACAUUGUGGCCAUGUGGUGGACCAGUCGAUGAAGAGGCACGGCGAUGCAGUCAUUCAGUUGCCAGCACUGACAAAUCUGUUUGUCCGGAACAGCAGAACAUACGAAAUUGCCAACAUGAUUACAAACACGAUAAACUAUCGCCGGCCUCCGAUGUGUAUGAAAUAAGUCCGUACGCUACAUUCGCCGUGGGCGGCGAAGCUACAGCUGCAACUUUGGACCACACGCUUCAAUUCCGCACCUUCGGGCACCGUGACAACGACGCACCGCCGCACCGACCGUGCAGGAAACACCCGCAACGACAUCGUGAUCGCGAAGGAGAAAAGCAUCACUCGGACUGCGAGCUGCAGCAGCUCAGUCGCUACGAGAAGGUGCGGCCGCGACACUGCGCGGGCACGUCAUAUUGCGUACCCCUCUCACAUCAUGGUGGCGGAGGUGGCAGCACCGGUGGUGGCGGUAGCGGAGGAGGUUUCUCCGAGGUAUACGCUGGCGAUUCCAGUGUCGAAUCCGGCCCUGGUUCCCUUUCGCCACGCACACAUCUUGAGCACAGCUAG